UCCUGGCUGGCUGUCUCGCCAUCGGCAUGCCUGCCCUGGAUGAUGCGUUUGUCUUCCCUACCAUGACACACUUACUGGGCUGCAGCAGAGCCGAGCCACGGGACGAGCCACGGGACAGAGACACGGUGAGGAAGCCGUGAAGACAGAGUCCGACGAAGAUGAUGAGGAGGAUGCGGGAGAGAAAAGCAGAUGAGAGCUAAUGAUGAUGAUGCUAUCGUCAGAUGAAUGUUGCUAAAGAAAGAAGGAAAAUAAUAAAGCUCUGCGGGUUUGAAGGAUGGUGACAGUGAUGAUGAUGAUGGUGACGAGGAUGUUUCGGUUGUGAGGACGGGACCGCUCGGAGGAGGAUGCUCGGACGAUCGGAGAGGUUCUUUGCUCAGAGUGUUGAUCAUCGUGCGGGUAAAUCUCGGGUAUCACCGAGAGUUUAACGAAGCGCUAUUCUGAGGAGGUGGGCCAAGUCCCGAGAGAGAGAGAGAGAGAGAGAGAGAGAGAGAGAGAGAGAGAGAGGACCUGCGGAAUGGUUGAUCAGACUGGGAUGUUGUUGCUGCUGUUGUCGGUGAUGUGAAGCGACAUUAAGGAGCUGAUGAAAGGACUCCUGCUUGCGUUUGGACACAAACUGUAUUUCUACAUUUUUGCAGUUACAUAUAAAGCAGCACUGUGUGGUAGAGACCAGUUGAAGUUGGCUUCCUGCCUGUUGAGAUGUGCCAUUAGGAAACACUGUGACCAGGGGUUCAUGCUGAUGAAAUUGAUCUGCUCAGUGAGCUCCAACCAGAGCCAUGGGGAGUACCCAGACUGCCGGAGUGAGAGGGAGUCGGGAGGGGAGGCGUCUCUCCUGGUGUCUCCGCUGGUGGUGGCGGGGAUCGUUAUAGGUCUGGUCCUCUUCCUCUCCUGCAUCACCAUCAUCGUCGGCAGCCUGCGCAAAGACAGUCGACUUCGAAACCCACACCUCCGAGCUAGCUACGGUCUGGAUGGUUUUUCCUAUGGAGGUUCAGUAGGAGAACUGAGAUCUACCUGCUUAGAAGACUUUCCUCCUGGUUUAGACUUUGAUUCAUACAGAGAGACUCUGUCACAGGUCAACAACCUGUACCCUGACUCACCGCCACAUUACGAUGAGUGUGUUGGCCCAGGUUCGACUCAAAUCUACAUACCUACAGAUGACCCGCCUCCUUACUCCCUAUUGGACCCUUAUCAGAGAGGGCCAGAGCAGGAGGAGCAGCCUAACUACACCAGUAUGGAUCCUUCUUCAUACUGUGGAGAGACCUCGGCCAGUGCUGCCUGGUUCUCCCCCUCCCACUACCAGCUGGGACUACAGGAGCAGGAGCAUCAACACAUCGCAUCCAUCUCCUUCCCGCUGGAAGCAGCGCCGCCUUAUGAGUCAGUGUUGGCAGAGCAGGGACAGCCCCUCCCUCUCAUGCCAUGUGACCUUUAUAAACACCAAUCAGAGAGGGGGGAUGAUGGCAACUCCCAGCAACCAGGGGCGAACCAGAUCUUGCAGGACAAUUAAUUUGUUUCUUUCACCUGCGCUGUUGGUUGUUCCCAUUUGAAUUAAACAAACACUUGUGAUGUGGGGCACAAAGUGGCUGUUAGGAGCAGCUGUGACACCAAACAAUGGACACUAAUGAGAAGUACACAUCUUCCACGCAGUUGCUAACACCUAAUAACUGACUGAAAUGCGGCCAGUACUCCAGUUUUCAACAAUUUAACUACAGUUUGUUUCUGGACAAAAUAAAAACUCACUAAUUGCGUUGUACUGUAAAGUUUCUGGAAUGACAGCUUCUCUCAUAAAAUGGUUUGUCGUCCCAAUGAUGCUCCCUUGGACAAAGACUCUCCUCCAUCUGGUAAUAACAACCUUGGUUUGGUUCAGUUUUUGCCAUGUUUUGACUGUUAAUCUCUCUUUCUUGAAUGAGGGGCGAUGCAAGAGUCAUGUGUCACGUUUGGAGUUUAGACAUCUACAACAUCUAUUCAUCGUGUCCAUGACAUCAAGCUGACUUUGUCUGAGUGUAAACAAUAUCAAUGUGGUAGAGUACACCCCCCCAAUUACUUUUGGUAUGACCCUCACCUAUCAGUCUACUUAAAUGAUGUUUUAGAUCAAAGUAUACUUACCACUUGUGUUGUGCACGAUAGCCUCAGCUACCAGAACGCUGCUGAUUUUCAGUCUCUAUAGUGUGUAAACAUUUAGAGCAGUGUGAUGUUCUGGAGCAUCCAGUGUGGUAGUAGUAUCCUAGUGGUUAGAAGAAUGACUUUGUGGUGAAAUGGUUGCGACCAUAAACUAAUUAGGAAAUGACCUGAAGAGUGAAAUAUCAACACUCUUCCCUUUCCAGUUAUGUCUGUUAUGCCUUUGAGCAAGGCACUAUGAUGAUGUUAUGGAAGUCAUUGUUAAAUAUUUUCAGCAUACUUCUGUCAUCACCAGAGAGGGGGUUUCAACUUGUCCAGCAUUGUACAAAUUGUCAUAAAUCUUUCUAUCAAGGGCUUUCAUUUUAAUAUCAAUUCUGUAACUGGACCCAAGCAGCAAAAUGUAGCUCGGAGCCCUCCUGCUCAUGAGGUUGGGUUGAUGCAAACAAAGAAGUUACACAUUAAACUGUAGACCUUAACACGCAGUUCACUGUCGAAAUGGAUGCUUCUAUCUUUGUCUUUUUCUCUCUGUUUCACUCUCAUGAAAUAAUUAACUUGUCUUGACCCAUCAUGGAGGUUUUUUCCUUAUUGCACUAAAGGCUAUAGCUUUCCAAACAUCUUCUCAGUUAACCUGCAUAAGCAACGACUGGAUUGUGUUAGCUAAAUUACGUAAUUCAUCAGAUUGCUAAUUAAGGAAAGAAACUGUUACUUGUGACCACUACUCACUUUAGCCUGUACCUGAUUAAGUAUGAUAAUGUAUACUGUUAUAUUUUCAAUAUUGAUUAACCGUCCGAUUGUUUUCUUGAUUAACUGAUUCAUCGUUUGGUCUAUCAAAUGUCAGAAAAUAGUGAAAAAUUCCCAUCACAAUGUCUUAAAGCCCAAGGUGAUGUCUUCAAAUUGCUGGUUUUUGUCCUCAUAAUUGAGGAUUUGAAAAAUGACUUGAAUGAUGAAUCAAUUAGAAAAUACUAAUUGAUUAAUCGACAAAUUGUUUCAGCUCUAUUGUAAACAAGUUGACAUCCAAACAAAAAUGUAUCGGAUGUGUCACUACUAAUGUAUCAUUUCCUAAUCAAAAACAGAGCAGAAAUUCUGAAUGUCUGUGUUUAGGUUGGCCAAAUGUAAACUAUAUUAAGAAUUUUAGGGGGGAAAGUGAUUCUGAUUCUCAGAAACACAAAGAUGGAGCAAAUUUGCAAAACAGUGAGUACAUUCAAAAGUCAAUACAGGGAGUAGCACAAAGGUAACACAUUGCAGCACAAAUUACAAGUGUAGAGGUGUGAUUGAUGGGCAUUGGAGUGUUUGUCUUCCGCCCUGGCAUCACAGCUUCCAUUUCCGUCUCAGUCAACAAUGGAAAUUUUAAUAAAUCAUAACCACAAACUCUUCCUGACCUUAAUCAAGAGGUUUCAGUUGCUUUCCUUAACUAUAGCUUAACCAUAGUUGAGUUGAAUUUUUUGCAGUGCAUAAGUGAGUCUCACACAUUGGAAAAAGCAUAAUCCAGGCAGCAUUAAACCAGCUAUUCACUGCUGUUGGUGCCCAAGAGCAGAAUACCUCCACUAUGGCCACCAGAGUCCCUGUUACAUCACCUCAAAGCUCUCUGUAUUCCAUAUAAUUUACCAUAUUGUGACAAAGACAGAAGCAAAGGAGCAGUGUUUGAAUAUUAGUUGUGUGUGGAGGGAAAACCUGGGUUAUCCUGGAGACCCGUGGACAUCACCAUUUAUCCCCAGUUAUUGAAGCAGGUAGUCAUUUAAGGCUGAGCUUUGAUAACAAUGCAAAUGUUAUUUAUAAUUUUAGAAUAAUAUGUCCAGAUUGUUAUUUUGUAACUUGUUCCUUAAUUUAGAAAGUUGUCCUUGUGUCACAUUGUUUUUGUAUCAAAAGAUGUGCCUAAUAGCCCUCAGACUGUUAGCUUGAACAUUGUAGCCAUAAUAUAAUAAUCUCAAUGCAACUAACCUAGUGCUUUGUACUGUUAUAUGUUUGGUUAUGUCAUGAAGUAUUAGUUUACUGGUGUUGUAUGGGAGAUCUUCUCAUUAACUGAAUCUCUGUUAAAUAAAUUGUGAUAGAUUUUAUUGAGGGAAAAAAUGAAACAUGUCUGUUUCAAGCUGUUGUUCCAGUGAUCAGCUUCAUGUUGUCAUUUGGUUCAGUUUGGCAGCUAUAGACGAGUUAACUGCGCAAUUCACAUCCUUAGUUUAGUAUUCCAGCAUUUAACUGCUUUUAACUGCUGACCAUUCAGAGUCAUGAGUAAGUGAAUUUCAACACAAAUCUUAACAACUUAUAUUGUGAUGGAUCAACCAUCUGUAGAGUCACUCUUUAACCACCGACAAUCUGAUUCUCUGUUUUUACUUUUUGCGCGAUGCCAUGCUUCUCCUCCAUCCAUGUUUACCUCUUUUCUUUGUCUGUUUCUCUCUCUCUCCCCCCUCCUUUUCUCCCUGCAAAGUUCAGGAAAUCUUUAAAAAAUGCUUUUUUAAUGUGCAGAGCCAUUUACUUUAAAUUAAAUCAGUUCAAAACAAACUGCAAUUUAUCUGCUACUAAAGAAAUAUUUUAUUUAGCCCUAGGCCAAUUAGUGAUUUAAUGAUAAUUCUGUCAGUGUUGUAAUUAGAAUAGUAGUUUUAUCAGCCAAGUAGAAUUCAUCUGGUGAAUUUAAUGUGUUAGCGUAACUGAUGUUAUCAAUUUACACGAGACGCAAAAUACAUUAAAAGGACCUCAUAUGUAGUGCAGACAGACUGUAUGACAACAGGCCUAAUAUAUUCAGAGUGCAUUAAUACAGUAUAUACAUAACACAUUGUAGGUUUGGCAUAUUCAGUCCUGCAAAAACACAUUGCCAUAAGAAGAAACAGACAACAAACCCACAGAAUUAGCUUUUUGGAAUUUGGAAAAUAUGACAGACUUUUAGAAAAUUGUUGUGAAAGUCAAAGUAUCUAGAAGAUGAUGAUAUCUAAAACAUGUAAGAGUAGAGUUAUUCAAAAAAAUGACAGAGGGGAUUGUUGCAGUAUCAAGCUUUCAUUUUACUUUAAAACCUGCUCCUGAUGAUGAUUUUCAACCCUCCCACAUUGCUCUCCGUUUAGCCAGUAUUCAUUAUAAAAUCAUAUGAAUUAAUGUUAUACGUAUGUACACAAAUUCCCGUCUAUAUAUGUUGAAAAUAUACAUCACAAGAAAGAUCAUCCCACCAGCCCAUCACAAAUGCAGAGGUUUACACAGUAAACACAAACUCAGUUUAACCAUCACCCACCAGAGGGUGAUGCAGAACUACAAUAUGACAUUCAGCUUUUUUACUGACCUGUUCAUUAAUAAGCCACACAAAAAAAUCACUCAGUUUGAGAGUGUGAUCCUGGACACUGAAUAAGAUAGUAAGAUCACCUGGGUCUACUUUGCCAUGUUUGUGUAAGGUGAGGAGUAUUUUAAUGCUUUAUUAGAUUAGAGGAAAAGUAAAAUGUUCAUCAGGGUUGUCAGUAUUAUAGUAUUUGUCAAUGAAAAAUACUUACUGAGAACGAGUGUGAUAAUUUCCUAGUCAAACUAGAGAGAAGUAUUUUUCAGGUCGCUCAAGUCUAACACAUUUGUUUGCAUAUCAUUACUUUUAUUCAGCACUAUUUUGUGGAUGCGAUCUCUGUAAGUAAAUGGUAAGUAAAUGUCUUACAUGUGUAUCACUUCCCAUCUCUCCUCUCUCUUUCUUUCUUCGUCUGUCAAGACAACAGACUUCAUGUAUAUAUUAGGAACUGCGGUCAAAAAUGUUUCUUUAUGUUCUGUAUUAGAGAUUUUGUUAAAUAUUUUCUUCUGUAGAGAAGAAUAAAUAAAUCUGUACUCUUAUAUGAAUCUGAGGGGCUGGUUUUGACACACACACACACACACACACACACACACACACACACACAAGCGCACACGUUCAACUAUGUACAACACACACACACACACUGGGGAAGACAAAAUGCCAAUUAAAGUACGGUGUCAGUGUCACAUUCAAAAGAGUUCUUUUAACACACAAUUUUCUGUUUUGAAAUGAGUCAUUUCUUUUUACUUUUUUCUUUCCCCAAAAAUGAGUAACGGGACUCUCUUUUAUGUGGAUUGCGAUAUAAUCGUUUGCCCCCACGUUAAUGUACAAUUUAAACUUUUGAGACCUGCUUCAACAUAUUGUUGUCUUUUUGUUUUUUGAUUUCUUUUUCAUGCUCAGGGUCCACAGGAGCAAGUGGGAAUAACUGUUAAUAUCACACAUAUGUAAUGGCUAGGAAGCUGAAGUUGCAGUCCAUAACCCCUUGUCCAGUUAUAUUUCACCACACAAUCUAAAUUCUCAACCCAGAGUACUGUGCUGUAUGUCCAGUUGAGCUUAACCAAGAUUUUUCUUGCUCACAUGUGUUCUUGAAACAACAUAGACAAGCUGAAAGGCCUCAUAAGCCUUCAGAUAGCUGCACUGUUUUUGGUGCAGAGGUAAAACAAGUCUCAUGUCAGGGUUACAGAACAAUUUAAGUUGUACAGUACAAUCAGUGUGCAGGAUUUGUUUCACAUUAUUAUAUUUACUUAUGGAGGUAAAAUAUCUAAAACAUAUGGGGGUGCAUUAAUACAACUAGCCAGAUUGAUAUUAGAGCCAUAAAGUGAAGUCUGAUUCUUGUUUGUGAACUUGUUUUUGUACCCUGGUUGAACUACUGCACAGGAGAAAUGAACAGUCAUUGAAUACAUUCAAAUGAAUGUAGGCUACUAUACUGUAGCCACAUGUAACUUACAGGCCUGAUGAAAAGCUGAGCAAAACGUGUUUUUGCCUUUGAUAAUUAUGGAUCAUUGAUCAUCCUGUAAUGUAAGGGCUGAGUGUGCAGUUACUACAGCAAAACUGAUGUUUCUCGUGCAGUUUCCAGCACCUAUUGACUCACUGUGCUGUGUGCAAAGCUCCUCUCUUUUUCAGUAUCAUGCAAAAAUCUUACUCUACAAGCAUAUUGCAUUAGUCAGAUUAUUUGUCACCAAAAAACACAAGUGCAAAGAUAGUACUAUCCUAGGAUGACGUCAGGGUAACAUUAAAAACAUUAAUACAUUCACAUACACAAGACAUAAGACAUAAGACACAAGAUAUGUAUGUACAUUGUAUUACUAUAUAUAUUUGUUGGUAAGAGAUUGUAAGCAAAACCUCAUGGUGGAAAGUAUGAAAUUAAAUAAAGAUAAUUAUAUUAAAAAACUAUUUAAAAACAGGUGCAAAAACAGGAACCUUCUAAACAAGUAAACUCUUACUAAGUUUUUUUCUAAACAUGUAUUAGAACAUCAACAGCUCGAUAAAACCUUGGUGUUUGCUUUAUUUGUGUCUGAAAAAUAGAACUCCCAUAGAGAUAGCUUAAAUCUGAGACCUUCCCAUUGACCUUCCAGCAAAACUUUGGAAUUUCUUGAAGAAGGCUGUGGAUGAAUCUGUACGCUUGUUUACCUUAAGGCUCAUUAGAACAAGCUUGCCUGAUGGAAGCCAAGAUAGAUGUUGAAUUUCAAAAUUUUAAGAGCAGUUAAGAGUUGUUUUCCAGGCUCUGUGCUUUUGAAUACAACUAGUGAGUGAUUUAUUUUUGGAACCGAUUUUCCCUAAAACUGAACUGGGCAGAUUGUUGAGAUGCUUUAGACAAACAGCCACACCCAGCAUAAAGCCUGUCAGUCUGGUAUAUAAGUCAGAGUCACAACAGAGACACCAUAAACAGUAACUUCACUGUUAAACGACCCGCUUACAGACUACUGCUGCUGACUUUAAUAGCAGAGAAAAUGAAAGCUCAGAUUGUGUUCCUGCUCUUUGCUCUCGUUGUCGGGCUUAAAGCGACGCCAACUGGUCCCCCUGGGGACCGAGAAGUUAUUCCAGAGGACGUGGCCCUAAAAAUGUUAGAGCCUAAUUUGAACAUUUUGCCAGUGACAACAGGCAACGAAAUCUCCAAGGAUACGAAAGGAAAAGAUGUUAGUCCGUGAAUGUGAAGGGAAACGGCUUUGAAAACCUCCCUCUAAAUCAGGCCCAAACUGUUUCAGCCAAAAAAUGUUGACUAAAUAAACACACAAUAAUGAAAUACA